UGUUAAGCGGUCAUCGUGCGGUACAACUUAACUACAAGAAUUCUUAGAAAACCGGUUAAAAAAGGGCGGUCAUGCAACUUUUAGUGACAAAGUUCAAACUAAUGCUACAGAAAAAGUAACAAUUACACCGGUUACCUGGAAAGAUUGAAUGAUGUGGCAAAGCUGAUUUCAAGUUCUACUCAACUCCUCAUGUUCAUAAUCAACACAGAAAUUCCUGCAACACCAACAUGAUGAACAGCAAAAAAGAUUCUGGUCACCAUGUCGUGAACAUUGCCAACGGAAAGACAACUGAUAAACUGUCUGUGGAUACUUCAAAGUGGUCUGAACCUGUACAAUUCUUUAUAGGAGUUGGUGGAGUCUUUUUCUUCUAUUUGAUCUACGGGUACCUCCAGGAACUGAUUUUCAAAUUGGAAGGUUUCAAGCCAUUUGGUUGGUAUCUGACGCUAGUUCAGUUUGCCUGUUAUACGGUGUUUGGCAUGACAGAAAUGAAGUUAACAGGAUCACAGGAAAGAAAAAUUCCACUGAGGACAUACGCUUUAUUGGCUUUCCUGACUGUAGCCACAAUGGGCCUUUCAAACUCAGCAGUUGGAUACCUGAACUACCCCACACAAGUUAUCUUCAAAUGCUGUAAACUCAUUCCAGUAAUGAUAGGUGGCGUUCUUAUCCAAGGAAAACAAUACGGCCCCAUAGAUGCAAGUGCAGCUUUAUGCAUGAGUAUUGGUCUUAUAUUUUUUAUUCUGGCUGACAGCACAGUGUCACCCAACUUUAAUCAUACAGGAAUUGCCAUGAUUUCGGCAGCAUUGUGUGCUGAUGCUGUGAUUGGAAAUGUCCAAGAGAAGGCAAUGAAGGCACACCAAGCCAGCAACAAUGAAGUGGUACUUUACUCCUACGGAAUUGGGUUUUUCUACAUUUUAUUCUAUUUAGCCUCUAAUGGUACCCUAUCAACUGGAUUUUGGUUUUUCUUUGCUAAUCCAGUUAAAACCUACGGAUAUGCGAUCAUCUAUGCUUUAACCGGUUAUCUUGGAGUCAUGUUUGUUUUGUCAUUGAUACGAACAUUUGGCGCCCUUACAACAGUGACAGUUACAACAUGUCGCAAGGCUGUCACGAUAAUUUUAUCGUUUUUAUUCUUCACUAAGCCAUUUACUGCGCAAUAUAUUUGGUCAGGACUCCUAGUUCUAUUUGGGAUCUUUCUCAAUGUUUACAGCAAGAACCAGACUAAAAUAAACCACACUGUAUUGAAUAUUGUCAAACGUAUCCUGCAAAAACACUCUAAGUCACAAAGACAAGUAAUGGAGGCAUAAUUUUGAGUUGCUCACAGAAAAUCUUGGGAAUCUAAGGGUUGGUUUUGUUGACGUUUAUUUUGAUUUUAAGAAACAUCACUUAGAAAGAGACCGAUAAUGUUUCAAAAGAAAAGCCGUUUAAGAUGUUGAGAAAAUAGCACAGAACAGUUUUAUAAUAUGUCUAAUUUUGUAUCUCGGAUUUAGUUACAUUGGACCAAAGUGUGACUUAAAAUAUGAUAUGACCAAAGGGUAAUCUUAUCUGAAAUAACAGGGUCAUUUAAAAAAAUAUAUCCCUUAGAAAGUGUGCUAGCUGCUUUAUUAAAUUUAUAUGUUUUUGGAAAGAUUGUUGUUUGACGUGGCCUUUUCCUAUUAGAAAAUGAGUCCAUGGCAAAACUGAAUUUGACUUUAAAGCCUCUCUUUCAAUUUGCCUUUCACACAAAAAAGUGUGAAAUAAGUCUGGGAAAUAUGUAGCUGAUGCACCAGGUCUAUUGUUUAGGUUUUGUUUUCUUAUCUAUAUCUCCUCACCUACACAUAUUUAGUGUACUUUUUACUUUGAGAAAAUAGAGUAAGCUGUUGCAAACUGCUUACCUCCCAAAAGGACUUAUACAUAAGUAUAAGCAGAAAAAAAGUUAAUGCCAUUGAAUCUUUGACCCAAGCAGUUUCUCGAAGCCAGAGAGAGAGACUCUGCUAGGGUCAAUUCAAGAAAGACUCUACUAAGGUCAAAACAUUGGGCCAUAACGAUUUUUUGCUUUUAAUUUAUGAAUCUUGUUCUACAAAGUUUUCUUUCAAUCUUGAAAGGUUAAAGGUUAUCUUCUUAAAUCACAUUGUCAAUCAUCCUCAUCUGUAAUUCAAUACAUUAAAGCCAUUGGACACUUUCGGGAAAACAGUAUUGUCCAAGGCCCACACUUUGUGUACCACAACUCAUAU